UAGGUGGAGAAAGAGGAGGAGGACGAAGAGAAGGCGGAGGAAGAAGAGAAGGAAGGUUGUUCGGCGCAGGCGACGUUAGGGGUGGCGAGGCUCGCACCAGUCUCUUCAGCUGCGCUCUCACAGUCCGCCAGCACAGUUCGCGUUAGAGCGACGUUGCACGAGAACGCGUUCCGCAAAUUUACAGCGCGCUUUGGAUUACAGCUAACUCUUUAAAUUGCAGUUAGUUAAUUAUAAAUAGUUAGUGAGUGUGUACAUGUAUGUUUACAAUUAAGUGUGCGUUGGAUUAUUAUGGAUUAUGCGAAACUGUAGCCCGAAUUAAACUCAUAAAGUUCUUUUUAGUUACUCUUUCUUUGGAUUUUUUUUUUCAUUUUUGAAUUGUGCUCAAGAAAGUUCGGUUUGGUUCGCGAUGGAGAAGUACACUCGCGCGGUCAUUUUCUUGGUGGUAACUUUGAUGCUUCUCGUGUUGGAUGCGUGUGGUGGCAUUGGAGGACAGUGUCCGUCAGUCUGCAGCUGCAAGUGGAAAGGAGGAAAGCAGUCGGUGGAGUGCACGGAUCGUGCAUUGAUUACCAUCCCCGAGAGCGUCGAUGCAGCCACCCAGGUGCUCGAUUUGAGCGGAAACAACCUGCAGAUCCUCCCCAGAGAGACGUUCUUGAGGGCAGGGCUACUCAAUUUGCAGCGCGUCUUCCUCAGGAGCUGCAGAAUCGGACAGAUCGACGAUUUGGCUUUCCGCGGUUUAACAAAUCUCAUCGAUCUGGAUUUAUCCUUCAAUCUGCUCACAGCUAUACCUUCGGGCACUUUCCAGGAUGUGCCGCUACUGAGAGACCUGGUGCUCUCGAACAAUCCCAUUCAGAAGGUGGACAGCCACGCUUUUCGCACGGUUCCCAAUCUGGUUAAACUGGAUUUAUCAAAUUGCGAGCUACAGAUGAUCGCGCCUAAAGCGUUUGAAGGCAUCGAAGUUUUGGGAUCCCUCAAACUGAAUGGAAACCGUCUCACCGAGCUGAGACCCAAGACCGUGGAGACUUUGAGCAGAUUGCAAGGUAUCGAGCUGCACGACAACCCUUGGCAUUGCGAUUGUCGUUUGAGACCUGUUAAAGAGUGGUUGACGCACAGGAAUAUCCCAUAUCCGGUGGCGCCAGUCUGCAGCGGUGGGCCCGAACGCGUCAUCCACAAGACUUUCGGAGAGCUUCAUGUCGACGAUUUCGCCUGCAAACCAGAAAUUCUUCCAGUUAGUCGCUUCAUUGAGGCGACGGCAGGAGACAACGCCACCAUCACCUGCAGGGCAAGCGCCGUGCCUUCAGCUCACAUCAACUGGUACUGGAAUGGAAGACUCCUGCUCAACAAUUCAGCCUUCAGCACUCAUCAGAAGAUCUACAUCUAUGAUGAGGGACAUUUCGAGAAACGUAGCAAUUUGGUCCUUACCAACGCCAUGGAAACGGAUUCCAGCGAGUUCUACUGCGUUGCCGAGAACAGGGCUGGCAACGCCGAAGCCAAUUUCACCCUUCGUGUUUCCAUGAGGACCGCCGGUAUGGUAACACUUGGAAGCGGACAAAUCGCCGGGUUGAGCGCAGCUUUGGUCAUACUUAUACUCUUCAUCCUUUUGGUCAUACUAGUCCUUCUGGUGAGGCUGAGGAGGAUGCCGUUCUCCGAAAGUAAAACUCCUGGACAAAUCGAGGUCGUCACUGUAGUCAAUGGUGGAGCCAUCCCCAACGGAAAAUCCGCUACCAUUUCACCCGUAAACGAGACUUCAUCGUUCACAGAAAGAAAGCUGCCGCAAGAUUUAAACUUCUGCAACCCGGUGCAAAAACCGCCGAGGAUGAACGAAAUCCCGUACACGACUACACAUUACAACGGAAACGGUAGCAUAAUGAAUCCGGGCUCAUGCUUUGUCUCUCCAUCCUCUGGAUCCGGAAACAACCCCGAUUUGAUAAACGAUACGAAGAUGCUGGGUAGCGGCGAUUUGGGACCCGUCAACCUAGAGGAAACCUUCAUGAUUGAAGCCAUUGAGAGGCCUGGAAGCGGAGAUUAUAGUCGCAAUGCCGACUCUUUGUAUCCUUCUGGAUUAUGGGAGAACGGUCCAGAUUCCGUUGCUAGACAUUUGGGUGCAGCCACCAAUCCUGGAUUCCAUUAUGACGAUAAAACACCGAUCGUCGGCUCCGACGAAGAAUUAAACUUUGCGGCGAGAUCAACCACGAGCUACCCACCUGACUACGGCCUCCCAAUCGCCGAGUCCAAAUCCGACGUAUCCUCAACAUCGGCCUCCCAGAUCAUCCUCCCAACGAACGCGAAGACCCUUCGAGUAUGGCAAAAGGGUGCAGUCCCCGUUCUACCACCCGUCACCGCCCUUAAAAGGGCCCUCAGCCACAGCCGCAGUUCCCCGGACGAAGGUUACCAAGAGGGCUGCGGCACGGACGUAUAAAGAACACCAAUAGCAGCAGCAAAAACAAAAAGAAAAGAAAGGAUACCAAAGACUCGAAAAGUUCCUAGAUUCUCGGACGCGAACAGAGACCGGUCCCGGUUUUGCUCAAAACGUGAGUCGAAAGGAUACAAUUUUAAUAAGAAUAAUUUAAAACAAAAGUAAUCAUAAAAUUUCAACAAAAAAAAACAAAUACGUGUGAUAAGUAAAAUUAUUUAAAAACAUAUACUAAGUGAGAGAUUAAGACAACUCUGUACAUAUUGUGAAUACGAAAUAUAUUAUAUAUAUUAUACAUAUAAACAAAAAAAAUAAAUAAAUAGCCGUAGGGGACGCUGUAUACAUCCGAUUGUAAAUUAACACACAAAAAAAGACUGAGGAAGAAGUAGGUAAAUAAUAAAAAAAAAAGGUAACUUACUCAAACGGUCUUGACUGCCGGAUCAAAUUUAAUUUUCAACGUAAUCAAGGGAGAGAUUUAAAUUCGUUUACGGCAGUUAACUCCAGUUAAAUAAAAAAAGGGUAAAAUAUUAUUCAAAUUAUAUAAGUACAUAUUUUUUU